CCAGGGCGCCAAAAUGAAGCGCUUCCUGUUGCUCCUCCUAGGUGGCUAUGUCCAGCUGCGCGCGGAAGACGUCAGCGCGACGCCGGUGCAGAAGGUGCUGGAGCUGCUGAGCAGCAUGAAGAAGAAAGGGGAGGAGGAGAAACAAAAGGAGGCCGUGCAGUUCGCUGCCUACGAGCAGUUCUGUAAGAAUACCCAGAAAGAGAAAGCCAAGGGCAUCGAAGAGGGCGAGGAUAAGAUCGAAAGCAUCAAGGCUGAUUUGGGAAAGCUCUCCGUGGACAUUGCAAACCUCGAAGAAUCGAUCCCUGAAGUCGUCGAAGACAUCGAGAAGGUGACAGCUGACCAGCAGAAAGCCACCAAGGCCCGGGGUGAGGAACGAGCAGCCUACACAACUGCGCACAGCGAGUAUCUGAAGGCGGUGCAGAGUGUCGGAAAGGCUCAGAAGGCCUUGAAGGAGAAGGAGGUUUCACCCGAGCAGGCGGAAUCCUUUCUGCAGUUGGCGUCCAAAGGAUCGGAUCUCACAGAUGAAGACAUUGAUGCUUUCACGUCCUCAUCUCAGGCUCGCAGCGCCAUUGAAGCCUUUCUUUCAGAGGGCACAUCUCUGGAGAAACCUGCUGAGGGUGCCUACAGCUUCCAGUCCACAAAGGUGAUCGAGCUGUUUCUUGCGCCGUUGAUCCUGCUUGGGUUGGAUCAGUUGGAGGAGAAAUUUCAGACCGAACGUGUUGCUUUGGAAAAGAGUGAGGCAGAGAAGAAACAUGCCUACGAGAUGCUGAUGAGGGACUGGAAGGCACAGCUGGCCACUGGAAAGAAGACCAAGGAGGACAAGUUGGCGGCCAAGCUGCGGAAGGAUCAAGUGAAGGCUGAGAAGUCCGCUGCCUUAGUGGAAGUCUCCAAGUUGAACGAGGAUGACAAGAAGUACCUGGCAGAUCUGAAGCAGACCUGUGAUCAGAAGGCCAGCGAUUUCAAGGAACGUCAACGGCUGCGGGGCGAGGAGCUUGCAGCCAUCGACAAAGCCUCCGAAGCCAUCCAGGGAACGGUGUUGAAGGUCGCGGACAAGAAAAGUUCGUCCAAGGGCACAUCGCUGGCGGCCUUGCGCUCUGACAGUGGUGGUGCCAAAAGAGAGCAGGCCAUUUCCCUGCUGAGAGAAAAGGCCGAGGAGCUGGACAGUAACAUGCUUUCGGCCCUGGUCUUGCGUGCCGAAGGCGACAGUUUGUCCAAGAUUCGCAAAAUGAUUUCGGACUUGGUGACACGUUUGCAGCAAGAGGCAGCUGCGGAUGCGGAGAAGGACGGUUGGUGCAAGAAGGAGCUUGCCACAAACGGUCAGACUCGGAGCAGUAAGAAGGAACUCGUGGACACGGUGCAGGGCGAGGUCAACCAGUUGAAAAUCGACAUCACCGAGCUGGGUGAUGACUUGGAAAGCUUACAGAAGGACAUUGCCAGCCUGGCGAAAGAUCGUGAAUCUGCGACGAAACUCCGCGAGAAUGAGAAGGUGGAGAAUAAGGCCACCAUCAAAGAUGCCCAGGAUGCGCAGAAGGCCAUUGCCCAGGCCACUGCUGCAUUGGAUAGUUUCUACUCACGUGCCAAAGCGAAGGCAUCUCUUCUGCAAACACCCGUUGGAGCUCCAGAGAUCUUUGAGGAUAGCUACACUGGCAUGGACAGUGGUGCUGUCACUGCCCUUUUGGAGGUGCUACAAGCAGAUUUCGUCCGUAUGGAGAGUGAAACUGAAACGGCCGAGGCUCAGAGCCUUGGUGAAUACACGAAGUUCAUGUCCGAUUCGGCUGUGGAUAAGGCGUCCAAAGAGAAGGAGGUCGAGUUGAAGACUG